AUGCUGAAAAACUAUGCUCGAAUCUUUGAUGCUACUUAUGACGAGGAUUUGGUCAAUGUGACCGCGAAGAACAACAACGGGAACUUAGCCAUUGUUUUCAAUGUGCUUGGUAUGGACUGUGAUACGAUGAAGAAUUUUACUCGUGUAGCGAAGAAAAAUGUGCACUUUAUCAAGUCUGUGAGAGUGAAAUGUGAAGGGAAACCAGAGUACGUGAUCAAAUGA